AUGCAGGACGGAACGCCAGGCCCAGGGAUGGUGUAUGAUUGCGCUGCGCAGGAGUGGCAGGAGCUGACGGCUUUGGAGAGGGAGCUGGCAAUGGGCUUCAUAGAGGAUGCAACAGCGCACCCUGAGGUAACGGAGAAGGAGCAAAGAAGAGCGCUGGGAAGGGCAAUGUACCUCAACGUCAUGCACUGGCUGGUGGCACCCAUUCGCAUGUACCAUUCACAGCUGAGGUGGGAGCGGAAGCGAGACAAAGCAGCGGCUGUACAGCCCCCGACGGAGAGAUCGGCGGCGAAAGAGGCGGUGGUGCGAGCAAUGCUGGGAGAGAUAGAGAAUGAUGAAGUUCAGCACAAACAAGGGCACCGGGUGGAAAGGAGGUGGGUUUACCCAUGGGAAGAGGAGGACGAGGUGCCGGUGCAAUAUGCGGAGCAGGCGGAGAUUCGGCUACCUGGGAACGGGGAAGAAGCCGCAGUGGACAAGAAGAGGGAGGACUUCAACUGGCUCGAGGAAGCUAUCGAACGACAACGCAGUAGGGAGAGCUACGAGCGGGAAUUUGGAUCGUGGGAGUUCGCGCUGGUGGCCAUGACAAAGGAGGGGGACAAUACCGAAGGGAAGCCACAAGAGGAAGGGGGAGCAGGGAGUACAGCGGCAACAGCUCAGAAGCCAGAGACCGGAUGA